AUUUCCACAAAUAAUUCCGAGAAUCUCGUGCGAAAAUUCCAAAGAGUUUUUCGACAGGGUAGCGUCGUCCACAAAAAGAUUUUCUUCUCAAAUAACUUUUUUGGCUGAAAAAUUCAAAGGAAAACGCAUCCUGUGCAGCUGGGCUAGUGGAAAAUCCCCCCGGAGAUUCCCCAACGAGGCGCCACAACUGCCGAAACACCCUCAAAGCAUCGCAGUGGGCGUGAAAAUUGGCAAAAAAGCAAACAAAAAAAGGGGGCCCCGUUUUUGUUUCUCGCAACUGGGAAGCCGUAAUGGCUGCCGUGACGUCAGUGUGUGGAUACAAAUCAAACAGCUGAUGCCCUUUAGUGGCUACACAGAGUGAUUUUUCCGUGUUAUUUUGGCGUCCGGACGCCUUGCCUGGACAAAUAAGUGCGUGUGUGCGUGGCUGUUCCAAUGGUCUCACGCUGUUCCGUGCGUAGCUGCACAUCUCAGUUGGGGACGCCAGACAUCAAAUUCUACCGAAUCCCGGUCAUUCUCACCGUCAGCGGGCGCCUCGAGAAGCUCUCAACGCAACGACGGAAGGCCUGGAUUGAGGCACUCGGUCGCCCAGAUCUCACGGACGAUCAGCUCAAGUCAGCAAAAGUCUGUUCCCGCCACUUUAUUUCGGGAAAGUGCGUGAGCUUGACGGAAGUUAAUAGUCCCGAUUGGGUCCCAAAUAUGAAUCUGGGCGCAAAAACUUCAGGCACCCGGAUGAUUUUUAAGCAGGAGCAUGUGGAUGAUGGAUCAUCAGCAGAUGAACAGAGAUUUAUUAUAAAUUCACGUGGUUCACUUGUACACAUUGAACGUGGACCAGCUAAAGCUUCUCGACAUGAUCUCUACGAUGAAAUACUUUGGGCUUAUUGCGAUGUUUGCAACAAAACAGUCGCAUCUUCGAGCGUUCUGGGGCUUCGAAUUCAUCGGGGUAUCUGCGAACCAAAAGCGAAAGACGAGGAUACAAAGAAAUCUCUUGUGCCUAAGAGUGAAGUUCAGGUUAUCUCAGACGUUGCAUUCGAUGAGGAUGUAAUGGAUGAUCAGGGUGAUAAGCACCACAUGAUUGCCGAUGAAAUUGUCGAAGAUGACGAUGUGGGGCAUCAGGAGAUUAUUCUUGAGCCAUCGUCGCAGGCAGUUGUUGUGACGUCACGCCCACAGAUAAUCCCAGCGACGACAACAAUAAAGAAGAUAACAGUUACCCCGGUGUCGGGAGCUGCAUUUUCGGGGAGGAAUCAGUUUAAAGUGGCAACGCCGGUGAGUAAGACGAGUAGCCCGAUUUUUGUGACGCAGAAAAUGCUGCAGACCCCGCGGACGGUGACGGUGGUGCCAAAGGGGGAUUUCCGGUUCACACAGGGUCAGACGACGAUUAAGCGGAAGCUCGAUGUGGCCACAUCGCCGGUUGUUGUUAAGCUCCCAAUGGAUGUGAAGCGCUUCAAGACGAUACCUGCACGAACAUUGGGGAAUAUUGUGGUGCAGCAGCAGCAGCAGCAGCAGCAGCAGCAUCAGCAGCAGCUUGUGAAGGAUCCCAUGGCGGGUGUACCGAAAAUUGUACGUUUAGUACGGAAUAAGAUGGAUCGGGGUACACAGACGGAUGUCACGGGGGAGUUGCUGGAGCAAUUUCAGGUGAUUCACGAUGAGAAUCAAGUGAAGAUUGCGCAGCUGGAGGAGCAGGUGCGCAAAUGCAAGUACACACCGGAAAUGUUUGAGAAUGAUGACAAACGGACGGAGUACUUUACGGGCUUGGACUCGUACAUCACCAUGAUAACGCUGUACAAUACGUGCGAGGCUGAAUUGCCGCAAUCGACGGCAUUGACAAAAUUUGAGAUUUUCAUUCUCACCCUCCUCAAGUUGCGCCUCAAGCUCCCACUCACCUUUCUUGCCUACCAAUUUUGCAUAUCGCCCAAAGCGGCGAGCUUCUACUUCAAUGAGUGUCUCAAUGUGCUCCACAAGUCCCUCCGGGAACUCUUUGCUGAACCCUCAGAUGGACAGGAGGGCAUAGAGAUUAUUUCCGAGGAGAAUUGAAACACCGCAAGUUUGUCUUUUAUUCUAUUAAUUAAUUAAUUUUCUUUUAAUUUCAAUUGAGGGUGAAGCACCAACAGAGCGCGCAUUGAAGCGUUUUAGUGGUUUAAGAAGGAAUUUUCUCACCAAAAAAAAACACGAAGGAAUAGCCAGGAAGGAGCUGGAGAGGGAGAAGGAGAGUGUGAGAAAAAAAGGGGGUAGGACUUUAUUUGCAUAUUUAAUCAAGUGAAAUGAAGAAGAAAGAAGUGAAAUAUUUGUCAGGAGAAUGAUGUUCAAGAUGAAUAAAUCUUUUAGAUAUUUUAGUUAUCAAUUUAUCGAGAGAUUAAGUAAAUAAAUAACAAAAUGUAAAAAAAAA